CUCAGGAGACCGGGUCAGUCUGGACCUUGCCACUUGGUGAUCCUGGCUGCCACUGCACAGAGACUAUGGAGCUGUGGAGGCAACUGAAUCAGGCAGGACUGGUGCCCCCUGGGCUGGGCCUGCCUCCCCAGGCCCUGAGGGAGCCCCCCGCAGUGGGGAGAGCUGGCCAGACCCUCACAUCUCCAGGGGCAGACACUGCAGGCGCCAGGGAGGGUCUGCUGUGGCUCUGGGAGGAGCUGGGACACCUUCGCCAGGUGGACAUCCAGCUGCUGGGUCAGCUUUGCAGUCUGGGGCUGGAGAUGGGGGCGCUGCGGGAGGAACUGGUCACCUUCCUGGAAGAGGACGAGGAGAGCCUCAUCGAGGAGGAGGAGGAGGAGGAGGAGGAGGAGGAGGAGGCUGAAGGGAAGCGGAAGGAGGGACACCUGGGGGCCUCCUGCUCAGCUCUGAGCUACCAGCUCCCAGACUUCGAGAUGACGAUCUGAGGCCCUGCCCGGUGCUUCUGAGAGCCGCAAGAAUGAGAUGCAAAUAUAUGCAAAGGAGGGGGUAUUUGCAGGUCAAAUCAACCUCCCUACCUGGAUUGGAAAUCAACAUGCCCGUUCUUGAGCAAAUGCCUUCUCUGGAGAUUUCUGCAUCUAGACCAAGGAGCUGGCCUGUGAGCUGUGGGUGUUUGCAGCUGAUGUGGGAGGUUUGCCGAGAAACCCCCCACAGGUGUAUUUGCAGGUAAACUGCCGGCGUGUUGCUGGGGACAUGUGGGUCUUUGCAAAUAGGAUGGGAGAUACUUGCCAGUGAUCCAAUACGGUGAUCCAAUACGGUGGCCACUGGGCCCUUGAAAUGAGGCUAGUCUGAACUGAGGCGUGCAAGGGCUUAGUAUGAUGAAAAGAAUAUAAAACAUUUCAAUAAUCCAAAGAAUUUGUUGAAAUGAUAUUUUCCGCAUAAUGAGAUAAAUAAAAAUAUUACUAAAACGAAUUUCACCCAGGUAUUGAACAAUUUUUUUUAA